AUGACUUCAUGCCAGAUCAGCAAAGCAGGAUGUUCCUUUCCAGAAUCCAAAGAAGACUAUCCCAACUUCCCGUUUGAAAACGGAGAUGCGACUGGUGCCACCAAGCUGAAGAAGCAGCCUGUUGGCACCCAUUGCCAUGGUAACAAAGCAGUGAGUGAGGAGAACCAUGACAAGCUUCUGGCUAAGAAGAAGCUGUACGUCGCCUCCAUUGUGUGCCUCAUCUUCAUGAUUGGAGAGGUCAUAGGUGGCUACCUGGCCCACAGUUUGGCUAUCAUGACAGAUGCAGCUCACCUCCUGACUGACUUUGGCAGCAUGAUGGUCAGUCUCUUCUCCCUGUGGAUCUCCUCCAGACCGCCCACCAAAACCAUGACCUUUGGAUGGCACCGCUCAGAGAUCCUAGGAGCCCUGGUGUCAGUGAUGUCCAUCUGGAUAGUGACUGGGGUUCUGGUGUACCUGGCCAUCGAGAGGAUAGUCAGGAACGACUAUGAGAUCAACAGUCAAGCGAUGCUCAUCACCUCCGGCUGUGCCGUCAUAGUAAACAUCAUCAUGGCGUACAUCCUCCACCACUCUACCACCUUCCACGCCCAAGGCUCAGGCUACCAGCAGAUAGACGAGAACGGACAGAGCCCUGUGGGUCACAGCCACUCCCAUAUGAGUCACAGCCACUCCCAUGUGGGUCACGGCCACUCCCAUGCCCUUCUGGGUCAUGGCCAUGGCAACACCAGUGUGAGAGCAGCCUUCAUUCACGUGUUGGGAGACCUCCUACAGAGUGUUGGGGUCCUAGUGGCUGCCAUUGUCAUCUUCUUCAGGCCUGAAUACAAAGUAGCAGAUCCCAUUUGUACCUUCCUCUUCUCCGUGUUUGUCCUGGGGACCACGAUCACCAUCCUCAGGGAUGUCUUCAGGAUUCUCAUGGAAGGGGCUCCUAAGGGAAUAGAGUUUGACUCCGUGAAGGAGGUGUUGCUGUCUCUGAAGAUGGUGAAGUCUAUGCACAACCUGCGCGUGUGGGCCCUGACCGCAGGACAGACCCUGGUCUCUGUCCACGUAGCCAUCGAGAAGAAUGCUGAUCCCCAGAGUGUCCUUAAGGAGGCUACAGAGAUCCUCCAAACCAAGUUUGGUUUCUAUAGCACCACCAUCCAGGUGGAGUUCUACUCUGACGACAUGGCCUACUGCACACACUGCCAGGACCCAAUGGGCUAA